UGAGGAUGCUGCCGGAUUAACAUGGCACCAUUUCUUGGUAUCUAUAAUUUAAGGGAGAUGGCAGUUUUAAUUUAAUUUCGCAUUAGUGGAGAGAGCAAAACUUUUCUGGAGCUACACUGUGUGAGGCUUAUUGUGUCAUUAAAAUAAUCCCAAGUGAGUGAAAAUCUGAUACAGCAGGAAUUAUUCCUUGUUUGCUUCUAGAGGUGCUCUGUCAUGUAUGGUUGCUGGCAAAUACGUGAUUCAUUAAGCGUCCUGACACCCUUUUGUAAAGAGCGAUGUGCGCACUCUCGUGGAUAUUCUGGGACUUUGCGCGCAGUUUCAACAGGAGAAAUCUGCGCUUUCAGAGGAUUUAUGGGGGGGUGUCGGACGCAGUGUCUUUUCGCCUGGCACCUGUUGCUGGCUUAUUAUUUUUCAGAGCUGGUCUGUUGAGGAUUUAACCACAGUAUUUCUCAGCUCAUAUCAAGAACAUGUCGGAGGAAGAAACUGAUUCUAACUCCAGUCGCUACUAUUUUGGCAAUGCCUCAACUAGAAUCCAGAGCAGCUUCGUGUUUUCGGGACCCAUAUUUGUCAUUUUGAUGGUGAUGAUGGUGACUUUGGUUGUUGUGAUAGUUUUGGGUAACGCACUGGUCAUUUUGGCUUUUAAAGUGGACAAGAGUUUGAGAAGACAGUGCAAUUACUAUUUCCUGAAUUUGGCAAUAUCAGAUUUUCUUGUAGGGGCUUUCUGCAUCCCAGUCUACAUCCCUUACAUCCUCACAGGCAGGUGGACUCUGGGUCGAGGACUGUGUAAGCUGUGGCUUGUCAUGGACUACCUGCUUUGCUCUGCGUCUGUCUUCAACAUUGUACUCAUCAGCUACGACCGCUUCCUGUCAGUCACCAGAGCAGUAAGUUACCGUGCAAGACAGAGCAUGACUCAUCAAGCCAUAAUCAAGAUGAUUGCCGUCUGGGUGCUAGCCUUUGUCCUGUACGGUCCAGCUAUCAUAUUCUGGGAGCUGGUGGUGGGCAGAAGCCGCGUGCCAAAGGAUGAGUGCUUUGCAGAGUUCUAUUACUCAUGGUACUUCCUGCUGAGUGCCUCCAUGCUGGAGUUUUUCUCUCCUUUCAUCUCGGUGGCUUUCUUCAACCUCAGUAUUUACCUCAGCAUACGCAGGAGGAGGUUCCACAGCAGGGAGGUCCAGCACCAUCUUCAAGUGAGCGAGCCUGCCUCUGCCCAGGGGGAAGGUAUCCCCCUGUCCCACAACUGGGGAUUAGGAAUGAAACUGGCUGUAAGAGGCUCUAUCCACUCCCAGACCUCCUCUCCCAGUUUGGGUAAACUAGAUCCCUCAACCAGCAGGGCUGCCCAGCCUAGCCGUCUGUCCAGGGAUAAGAAAAUUGCUAAGUCCCUGGCCAUCAUAGUGUGUGUGUUUGCCAUCUGCUGGGCACCGUACACCCUACUGAUGAUCAUCCGUGCUGCCUGCAGAGGGCGUUGCAUCCAGCAUCACUGGUACGAGGUCACCUUCUGGCUCCUGUGGCUCAACUCUGCUAUCAACCCAUUCCUGUACCCACUUUGCCACAGUAGCUUCCGCAGGGCUUUUAGCAAGAUUCUCUGCCCAAAGCGACAUACUACUCCCCCAUCAUCUGUCCUUCGUGCUGGCCAGUAACAAGUGGAUACCCUUGGAUGGUUGGGGACGAACAAAACUGCGGAUGGAAAUAUUCAUAUCUAACCCUUAAACUCCACAGUGUCAGCAGACGAAACUAAACUGUGCACCACAGUUUGUCAUACAGACAUUAUCAUUAACAGUUUUCACUUGUGCUUUUCUGUGUUUGGAUGUGUAAGGUCGGUACUGUAAAGUAUGA